AUGACGCCAUUAAUAUCUAAACCAAGUUUAUUGCCUGGCAUGGGUGCUAGCGUAAAUCCAAAUGGAGAUGGUGUAACUUUUCGUGUUUGGGUACUUUAUGCCGAUCAAGUUUAUGUGGCUGAUCAACCUGAUCUAUGGAAACUAGAUCCUUAUUGUCGUCAGACAACGGGUCAUAUUGAUCUACGAAAUGGUUCUCCUCGUUAUCAUAACUGUGUGAUUAUCAAUCCAGAUGUAUUCAAAUGGGAUAAGAAACAAUUUGAAAUGCCACCAUUAAAUGAAUUAAUUAUUUAUGAAUUACAUCUUGGCACAUUUAUUAAUAAUGGUCAACUAGCUCGACGAUUUCUCGAUACUAUUUCGAAAUUAGAUUAUCUUGUUGAAUUAGGAAUCAAUGCAAUUGAAAUAAUGCCAUGUACAGAAUUUGUAACAAACACAUCGAUGGGAUACAAUCCUUCAUUAUUAUUUGCUAUUGAAAAUCAUUAUGGAGAAGAACGAAGUGUUCAACGAUUUGUUAAUGAAGCUAAUCGUCGAGGAAUUGCAGUUAUCUUUGAUGUUGUCUAUAAUCAUUUAGGUCCCGAUGAUUUAAGCGAAUGUUUCUGGCGCUUUGAUGGAUGGCAUAAAGACGGGUAUGGAGGAAUUUAUUUCUAUCAAGAUAAUCGAGCUGAAACAGAUUUUGGAGCUACACGACUUGAUUAUGGACGAUAUGAAGUUCGACAAAUCUUACAUGAUAAUGCAAUGAUGUGGCUUCAUGAAUAUCAUGCUGAUGGUCUUCGUCUUGAUUCAACAAUUAAUAUUCGACGAUCACGACAAGGUGAUUUACCUGAUGGAUGGACAUUGAUGCAAUGGAUUAAUAAAGAUAAACAAUCGAAUAGAAUUACAAUUGCUGAAGAUCUUGAAGAUAAUGAAUGGUUAACAAAACAAAUCGACGAAGGUGGUGCUGGUUUUAAUUUUCAAUGGGAUAUUGGAUUUUAUAAGGCUAUUCGAAAUAAUGUCGUACUCGCAGAAGAUCAAUCACGAUCGAUGUUUUCUAUUAGUGAUAUACUUACUAAACGUUAUAAUAAUGAUGCAUUUCAACGAGUUAUCUAUACAGAAUCACAUGAUGAAGUAACAGAACAUUUUGGUGUUAAAUUAGGUCGAAUGCCGGAAAAAAUCUGGCCUGGUAAUGCAAAUUCAUGGCCUAGUCGAAAACGAUCAACAUUAGCAGCUGCUAUUCUUUUCACAGCACCGGGUGUCCCUAUGAUUUUUCAGGGUCAAGAAUUUCUUGAAUGUGGCACGUGGACAGACAAUGCAGAUAUUAAUUUAAAUGCCAUGCUUGAUUGGACUAAAGUACAGAAGAAUAAUGGAAUUUUUCAACUCUAUCGUGAUUUAAUCCGAUAUCGUCGAAAUCAAGAGAAAAAUACUAAAGGUUUAAUGGGUCAACAUAUAAAUAUCUUUCAUGUUAAUGAUGAGAAGAAAAUCAUUGCAUAUCAUCGUUGGAUGCAAGGUGGAAAAGGAGAUGAUGUAAUUGUAGUUGCUAAUUUUUCAACUCAAUCAUUUGAUUCAUAUACAAUUGGUUUUCCAAGUUUGGGUACAUGGGAACUUCGUUUUGAUUCUGAUUCGAAGAAAUAUUCGGAUGAUUUUAAUAAUAAAGGAUAUACAACAACAGCUAGUGAAGGUGAAUAUCAUGGCAAUGUUGGUUUAGGAUCUUAUAGUUUAAUUAUUCUUUCUCAAUAA